AUUGUGGUGUUUUCAUCAACUUUCACUUCCCAAAAUCUCAUUGACCUACCCAGUGAAUCUCCUCUACCUAAGCCGGUACUUGACACAAAUGGUAAAGAACUCAAUCCUAAUUCGAGUUAUCGGAUUAUUUCCAUUGGUAGGGGUGCGUUAGGUGGUGAUGUAUACCUAGGAAAGUCCCCAAAUUCAGAUGCCCCUUGUCCAGAUGGCGUAUUCCGUUACAAUUCCGAUGUUGGACCUAGCGGUACACCCGUUAGAUUCAUUCCUUUAUC